CGCUGUUGCUAUAAGUGGCCUUGUUGUCCUCUUUUCUUUCUUGAUCCUGCUGACGCUUCCCCGCUCUCGUCAGCCUCCGUCCCGCUCUCUCCUUGAGACCGAGCACCAUGCCUUCAAUUAAGUUGCAGAGUUCUGAUGGAGAGAUAUUUGAAGUUGAUGUUGAAAUUGCCAAACAAUCUGUGACUAUCAAGACCAUGUUAGAAGAUUUGGGAAUGGAUGAUGAAGGUGAUGAUGACCCAGUUCCUCUACCAAAUGUUAAUGCAGCAAUAUUAAAAAAGGUCAUUCAGUGGUGCACCCACCACAAGGAUGACCCUCCUCCUCCUGAGGAUGAUGAGAACAAAGAAAAGCGAACAGAUGAUAUCCCUGUUUGGGACCAAGAAUUCCUCAAAGUUGACCAAGGAACACUUUUUGAACUUAUUCUGGCUGCAAACUAUUUAGACAUCAAAGGUUUGCUUGAUGUUACAUGCAAGACUGUUGCCAAUAUGAUCAAGGGGAAAACUCCUGAAGAGAUUCGCAAGACCUUCAAUAUCAAAAAUGACUUUACUGAAGAAGAGGAAGCCCAGGUACGCAAAGAGAACCAGUGGUGUGAAGAGAAGUGAAAAGUUGUGCCUGACACUGUAACACUGUAAGGAUUGUUCCAAAUACUAGUUGCACUGCUCUGUUUAUAAUUGUUAAUAUUAGACAAACAGUAGACAAAUGCAGCAGCAAAUCAAUUGUAUUAGCAGAAUAUUGUCCUCAUUGCAUGUGUAGUUGGGGUACAGAUUCCAAACCUAUGGCUGAGUUUCUUCCAGUAUGAUCAAAAGUAUCUUUUUUCUUUGCUCUGAAUAAAACUGAAUUGUGGGUUCUCUAUAGAAAAGUGG